GUGCAUGCCACUUUGUGAUUGUUACGUGCAUUAUACACAUUACACAAGAAGUGAAAUUUAGUCUUUAGUUUUGUUUCAUUUGUGUGUGUCAUUCACUCAUUCAUUUACUUGAAUUUUUGCUACGUGACUUUAAAUUUGUUCAUUCGUGCUUCGUUUCAAACUUUCAUUGCCACUUCGUUCUUCUUGGUUUUCGUUCUGGCAGUUUCUCCUUGCCGGAGCAAAACGGUGCAAUAGUUAAGCAAUAUUAAUUUACUCUUAUCAAAAUCCAGAUUCUAACAUCGUGUCAGUGAUAGCAUAAUGGGAUACGACAGAUUUAGUUUUUAAUAAUUUCUGGUUUUGAUUUGGCUUUGUUUGGAAAUCGUUGAUAGUAUUUGAUGUAAUUCAUCUGUUGUCGCUAAUUUCACUUUAUUUUAUUAAAAAAAGUUAUUUUUUUGUUUUCUAUUUUUCGGUCCUAUAUUUUCGUAGAGGAUGAUACGAUCCCUUUCAUGAUGUGAAGUUGUAAAAUAUUUAAUGGAUUAUCUGAUUUUCAAAACUAUGAUAUAUUCUUUCUUGUGAUUUGCUACUGAUUGUGACGUGUUCGGAGAAAAGAAGAAAAACAUUAGAAAAUUUCCUGGUAAAAACUUCAAUUUUGCUUUGUGCCGACUUUAUAUUUCUUGAAUCCCAAGUUUCUCUUUCCUUAUAUAUCCCUUUCAAGCAUAACCCAAACAUUAAAUUAUUGACACACUAACAACUCAGCUUGUGGAAAAUAGAGGAUCUGCAGAGGGUUAAUCAUCAUUCCUUCGACAUAACUUCUGAUAAAAUCCUCAAAUGGAUCAUAGGAGUUGUCUUCUUGUUUUUAUUUUGCUCUCGUUAUUGUUAAGAAGUGAGUCAUGGGGUUGGUUUUCAUCAUCUAAGGAGACUCCCUCUAGUGACAGGACUUAUGCCAAUGAAGGCAAUUUUAGAGGUUCUAGUGCUGAGUUCUCUAUUGAGGCCUUCAACGACCAAAAGGGAACAAAGUUAAUACAUAAUGCUAAGCAGAAAAUGAUUAGCUCAAACUCGUGUUGGCAAAAUGCUUAUCAACAUCUUUUUGCUGGGUGCUCUGAAAUCUUGGCUGUUGAUGAGAAGAGGUCUAGAUUGGCUUGGCACCUAAGUGAUUGCUUUCAGAGGGAUUCUGGCAGAUCUCCCUUUCCCCAUUGUGACCCCAAAUCCUCCAUUGCUGUAUGUGCAAGAACCUUAGAUGACCUUGCCCAUAAGGUUUACCUUGAAUUCUACCUUGAAACCAACACCAUUUGUUAUCAGUUGCAGGCACAUGCAUUCAAACACGAAACACAGAGACUUGUGACUGAAUUAAAAAGUUCUGCACAGUAUGUUGAGGACAAGUUAGAUAGCAUUGAAGAGAAAUCAGAGCAUCUAUUAAAAGACUCGCAACAGAUUCAUGAUUCUCUUGAUUCAAUUGGUACUCACACACAACUAGUGGCUCAAACUGCUAAAAAUCUGGAAGGUCACAUAGAUUCUGUAUUACUGCAUUCAAAGAGUGUUUACGAGCAAACUACAAAAAUUGCACUGUCACAAUCACAGUUACAAGAAGGGCAAGAGGAUAUGAAGAGACAUUUGGAGGAUGGCGUGGCAAUGCUCAAAGACUCUUACAAUUAUUUGGGCAAAGAGAUUGAAAAGUUAAGAGAUGAAGCCAUUGAGAUCGAAAACGAGGUAAUUAAAGUUGGAGAUGCUAUGUCAUCAAAGAUGAACAACCUGCAAAGCAAAGCUGAAGAUAUUGGGAAUAUGGCUGGGAUUUCCUUAGAUAAGCAACAGCAACUUUUAGAUGGGCAAUCCACAGCACUUGAGGGCCUAAACUCAUUGACUGAGUUUCAAUCAAAAGCACUAGAAGAGAGCAGGAAAACCCUACAAUAUUUUGCUGAAUAUGGGCAUAGACAACAUGAAGAGCUUCUUCAGCGUCAGGAACAGAUUCAAGGAUUUCAUGAUCGUUUAAUGGAAAACUCUAAGUCAAUAUUGUCAUCUCAGGAAUCUUUUGAAUCAAAGCAGGCUACCAUGUUUGAUGUUUUAGACAGGAUUUUUGCUUUGCAAAAUGCCUUGUUGCUUGAAUCAAGAAUGAUCAAAGCUUUCUUCAUUUAUUCCAUAUCAAUCUUUGUCAUCUUCAUGUUGACUAGUACAAAGCAAACAUACAAUAUCAGACCGUUCCUAUAUAUGGAGCUUUGUGGUACUUUCUUAUUGGAAGUACUCAUUAUUCGUUUAACAAGAGAUACCAUUGAGCAUCAAACCUGGAUAAUAAACAUGGCUCGAUUAUUUUUCAUGGCAGCUGCUUCAGUUCAACUUCUACAUGCCAUUUGCACAUACAAGGACUAUGAAACGUUGAACCAUCAGAUGCUGCAAACUCUGAUCAACAAGGUUAACAGCAUGCAAAAACAAAAGGAGUUGCUAUGGGACGUGGAUACUGAUUAUGAUGAGGAUUGGUCUCAAUGGGUUGAUGCCGAUUUACCGGAUGAUGUGAAUUGCCUUGAUGAUCCUGACUAUAUACUUCCAGAAGAAGUUGCAGAGAAUUCAAUGAUAACUAAGAAAAAUUAUAAUCUACGCCAUCGCAGUCUUUUUCAUUGAUUGUUACCACCACUAAUUUAGUAAUUAGAACUUGAUGUCAUCAGUGCAAUUCACUUGAUUCCGCUAAUUAGUUUCAUGGUUCUGGAUUAUGUAUGAUUAGACUACUAGUGUACGUGUAACUUAUUAUUUCAGUACAUAUGAAGGUUGGUAUGUAAUGAGGAGACACAAAUAUACAUAAAUAUAAAAUGUAGUUGACAACUUGCAAUAAC